AUGAAAAACCCAUUAGCAAAUGUUGUUCUACUUAAAACAUCGUUUAGAUUUCUACAAACAGCACUGUUCAGUACCAAGGGUCAUGUGCUAAUCGGCGGAGGAACUGGAUUUAUUGGCAGAAACUUGAAAGAAUUUCUGUUGAGAGAAAACUACAAAGUAACAACAAUAUCUAGAAUUAAGACUGGAGAGAAACAUAUUAUAAAUUGGGCCGAUUUAAUUAUCUAUGGUAUUCCCGAUGAUGUAACAGCUGUGGUAAACUUGUCUGGUGAGCCCAUAAUGGUUCCUUUCAAAGGUUUUGGAAAUAACUUUAAAAAAAAAAUUUGGAUUAGUAGAGUCGGUUCUACAGCGUUACUUACCGAUAUCAUAAGUUCUGCCAAAUGCAAACCUAAUGUGUUUAUUACAAUCACUAGUACUGAUAUAUAUCCAUCAGAUGGAGAACUCCACACUGAACAAUUUAUUCCUACAGACCAGAUGGUAGACUGUAAUUUCUUCACUAGAUUAGGAACAGAUUGGGAGCAAGCUUCAAAGUAUUUUCCCUAUCGUAAGGUUUCAAUUAGAACAGGAACCGUGCUUGGUGACAAUGGUGGAUUUCUCAAACGUUUGAAAUAUCCCGCUGCUAUAGGUUUAGGGGCUAAGAUAGGAGACGGAUGUCAGCAACAGCCUUGGAUACACAUCUGUGACUUAUUGAAUCUUAUACUAUUUUCAAUAGAGAAUGAAGAAAUAAGUGGAAUAUUGAACGGUGUAUCACCACAGGAGAUAACUAACGGAGAAAUAACUACUAUUUACACACACAUGCUAAAAAAAUCACCAGUGAUGUUAAGUAUACCAAGAAUGUUAUUAAAGACAGCAUUUGGAGAAGAAAGAACAAAAUUAAUUUUGGAAGGAAGAAAAGUAUCACCAACAAGAACUUUGAACUGCGGAUUUAAAUUUCAAUAUUGUGAAAUCACAGAUGCUUUAAAAAAUUUAUUAGGUCAAUGA